AUGAGAAUCUCUUCAUUCGUCACUCCAUAUAAAGAGAAAAAUUUGACUCUUCUCAUUUGUGUUGUAGCAAAGUAGAACUAGAAUCCGAACAAGGAAAAAACAAGAAGAGCACAAGGAGGAAACAAAAAAUAUGGGUAGAAGAAUGGAUGCUCUUCUUGGAAGAACCUUCAAGGUUGCUAAACUUAGAAACCUUGUAAAUCUAGCUGUCUCCCGUCUUGCUGUUCUUAAGAAUCAGCGGCAAGUUCGGUGCUCUCAGGCUCGCUCUGAUGUUAUUCAACUGCUUAACCUUGACCAUCAAGACCGCGCUCUUCUUCGUGUUGAAGUUGUGAUCAAGGAGCAGAAUAUGUUGGAUGCUUUUGGUAUGGUAGAAAGUUACUGCCAUCUCCUGUUAGAAAGAUCCGUCUUGAUUGAAAACAGCAAAGUUUGCCCUCAAGAACUAGAUGAGGCAAUAUCAGGUUUGAUCUUCGCUGCUUCGAGAUGUGGGGAAUUCCCAGAACUCCAAGAGAUUCGUGAGAUGUUCACUUCACGAUAUGGGAAAGAGUUCACUGCUCGUGCGGUGGAGUUGAGGAACAAUAGUGGAGUCAAUAGAAAGAUAGUUCUGAAAUUCUCAACUCAACAACCGAGCUUGGAGGUCAGAAUGAAGGUUUUAAAAGAAAUCGCUUCUGAGAAUGGCAUCACUCUACGUUUUGAAGAAGAUACUCCUAUUAUCAACAAGGAUAAUUUGGAGCUCAACCAGAAGCAGAGUCAGACUGAAACGGACUUGUCAUCAGCUAAACUAGAUGAUUCCAAAGUUGGCAAUGAGAUGGAUAGGAAUGAACAGUACUCUGGGUCAUUGAGAGCGAGAAAGUACAGGAAUGUUGCUAGUGCAGCUCAAGCUGCAUUUGAAUCAGCUGCUACUGCAGCAGAAGCUGCAAGAGCUGCUGUUGAACUUUCUCAAUCUGAAUCCCAUGACAAAGGUUUUGAUGAUUAUCACAGUAGUCCUUUUCGUCAGCAGCGAAGAAACAGAUCCAACGAAAUUCAACCCAUUGAUGAAUACAGUUCAGAAUCUGAAGGUGAAGGUGAUGAACUACCACAAAAUAAUGGGCGAGACCAAGAACUCGAAGGAAGGAGGAAUAAAGCAGAGCUUCAGAGAUCAUCAUCUCUCUCAAGCUCGGAUUCAGAUGGAGACAUGCAACAGGAGACUAAGACAUACUCAAACAUACAGACCCAAAGGGAACCAUUGGAGGAGAUAACAUUUGAUGAGAGUGAAAAUGAGACCAAGGGUCAAGUCCCGAUAAUAGGAAGAGAGGAGGAUUUAUAUACGAAUUCUGAGAAGGUUCAGGUCAAGCAUCUAAACCUACAGAGGAAACCAAUAUCAGUGAGGACUAGACGGGGUAAUGGAAGAUAAGAACUGCCGAAAGAAGAACUAGUUACAGAAGCAAAAGAUCCUAAUCAUUGCCACCCUACAUUUACAGUUAGUUUCUCCUACCUAUUUACAUGCAGCAUAUACUGUCAUCAUAAAGCUGGAGUUGGUGUGGCAAGGUUUUAAUAUGAUUGCAGAGACUAGAGAGACAUCAAUGCGUGUUAUUUUUUCAGUACAUUUGAGGUUGGAAAGUUUGUAAGAGUAAAACUAUAAAAAGGGUUUUCUUGUAGCUAUAUCAGCAAGUUAUUCAUUUCAUUUUCUUUAUAGAUGGGUGUUCAACAUCCACUCCAUGUACAAAUCGAUAAAAGACUCAUAAAUAUUUCCGUAUCUAUUAUGUUGGAAAACAAAAGAAAUUUAAGUUUGUGGUGUAAA